AUGUUGCUCCCUCCGUCUCUUACAGCCCCACACACUCAGCAGCAGAGAGCCCUCUAUAGCACGCCCACCCCACAGCACACCCGUCCAGCCAUACACAACACGCAGCCACUCACCGUCAGGCCACACACACGCACCAGACGGAGCAGUGUCAGCGUCCCCCGCACGGUGCACAGCGGCAGAUUCCCCAGUUUGGGCCGCACUCGCAGCAGUCCCAGAGCGGCUACCCCUAAGCCGUGGGAAUCGCCAUCGUCACACGUCUCCAGCAAGGGGACAGCCCACAGACGGACCACUACCCCCCUGUACACGUUGCUCGCCUGCCUGUUCGCUCAGUAA